UAUUGUAGAAAUUCCGGGAUCCGCGAUUGGACAUGGAAAAUAGAAAAACUUUUUCUUGGUUAAAGGAACAGAUGAUUCGAUCGAUUUCUGUAUCGAUCAUGAUAUACGUAAUAACUCGCACAUCUAUUUCAAACGCAUAUCCCAUUUUUGCGCAGCAGGGUUAUGAAAACCCGCGGGAAGCAACUGGACGAAUUGUAUGUGCCAAUUGCCAUUUAGCUAAUAAGCCUGUGGAUAUUGAAGUUCCCCAAGCAGUGCUUCCUGAUACUGUAUUUGAAGCAGUUCUUCGAAUUCCUUAUGAUAUGCAGCUGAAACAAGUUCUUGCUAAUGGUAAAAAGGGAGGGUUGAAUGUGGGUGCUGUUCUUAUUUUGCCCGAGGGAUUCGAAUUAGCGCCGCCCGACCGUAUUUCUCCUGAGUUGAAAGAAAAGAUAGGAAAUCUCUCUUUUCAGAGUUAUCGUCCCAAUAAAAAAAAUAUUCUUGUGAUAGGCCCUGUUCCCGGUAAGAAAUAUAGUGAAAUUGUCUUUCCCAUUCUUUCCCCCGAUCCCGCUACAAAAAAAGACGUUCAUUUCUUAAAAUAUCCCAUAUAUGUAGGGGGAAACCGAGGAAGGGGACAGAUCUAUCCUGACGGUAGCAAGAGUAACAAUACGGUCUAUAAUGCUACGUCAACAGGUAUAGUAAAAAAAAUACUACGUAAAGAAAAGGGGGGAUAUGAAAUAUCCAUAGUGGAUGCAUCGGAUGGACGCCAAGUGAUUGAUAUUAUACCUCCCGGGCCAGAACUUCUUGUUUCAGAGGGGGAAUCAAUCAAGCUUGAUCAACCAUUAACAAGCAAUCCUAAUGUAGGAGGGUUUGGUCAGGGGGAUGCAGAAAUAGUGCUUCAGGAUCCAUUGCGCGUCCAAGGCCUUUUGUUUUUCUUCGCAUCUGUUAUUUUGGCACAAGUUUUUUUGGUUCUCAAAAAGAAACAGUUUGAAAAGGUUCAAUUGUACGAAAUGAAUUUCUAGAUCCUGGGAUUUCUUACCAUCAAGUGAGAAAAAAGCCUCGAUUUCUGGAAUUCCUUAUUUCUAUCUCAUGCAAAAGAAGAGGAUCCAAGGCAAAGACGAGAACAAUAAAAGGAACAAGUCCUUUUAGGAGGAAUUGUGGGUCUUCUUAAUCCUCUAUUGGGCACAAGAAAAAGGCUUUUUUGCCUUUUUCUUGUGUCGAUUCUUCUUGUAUCGAAGUUCGGGCGCGGUAGUGGACAAACAGAGGGAAAGAAGGAUACUUCCUUCAUGGAAUAAAAUACUGGAUCCUCUCCCCUCUUUCUUGUUGCUUCAUAAGAGUGAAUCCAUUUUAUGGGCGAAAGGCGGGGGCUUUAAAUCGACCGAUGGAUUGCUUCACUCACUAACAUCAUUAACAAACAAAAGAAUAAAUGGAGGGAUUCCAACCAUCAGAGCAAAGGUUUUCUCUUUGUUAUUUUUACAAAUAGAAAUAGGUAACCAAUUUCUAGAUUAUGGAACAAAACCGCGUUAUAACAAUAAGAAUUCCGCGGGCCCUUUCCGCUCUAAUCAGAUAAAGGGGAGUAAGGACCCGCUAAGUUCCUACUUUUUCAUGUUUACAAUCUGGAUCCUCCGAUUACUAUAGAGAUGAACCCAAUCCAGAAUACGAACCGUAAAAGAAAACACCUAUUAAACCAAUCACAAGAAUACCAGUUACAGUACCUAUCAGCCAAAGAGGAAUUCUUCCAGUAGUAUCGGCCAUUUCCCCUACUUUCCUCCACAUUUUCUCAAGUGGUCAUGCUAGAGACAAAAACAGUCAUGGAUAGUUAUAAAGAUGGUAUCCUUCCAAAUGGGAUAAGAGAAUUCUUACUACUCUCUUUCUUUCUCUCAAUUGAAGAAGUAAUUGGAAAAUAAAACAGCAAGUACAAAAAUGAGUAAUAAACCCCAGUAUAGACUGGUACGAUUCAAUUCAACAUUUUGUUCAUUCGGGUUUGAUUGUGUCAUAGUUCUAUAGUUGGAAUUUGGUUUAUCGUUGGAUGAACUGCAUUGCUGAUAUUGAUCCCAAGAAAAAAACCGUGGGUACAGCUAAUCCGUGAACAGCCAGCCAUCGCACUGUAAAAAUAGGAUAGGUUCGAUCUAUGGUCAUUGGGGGCCUCCUAAAAGGAUCUACUAAAUUCAUCUAGUUGUUCUAAAGAAUCAAAACGGUCGGUUAUUAAUGGAAUUCCUUGUCGGCUUUCCGUGAAAUACUCGUUUGGUCGAGGACUUCCAAACACGUCAUAAGCUAAACCCGUACUGACAAAUAACCAACCCGCAAUGAAUAGGGAAGGUAUAGUAAUGCUAUGAAUAACCCAGUAUCGAAUACUGGUAAUAAUAUCAGCAAAAGAACGUUCUCCCGUGCUUCCAGACAUGCUGAGCUCCCAAAAUUUUUAUUCAAAAAAGGAAUUGAUUCCGUAAAAGAUGGGAUCCACCAGUAAAUAGAAAAUUACUGAUAUUUCAUCCUUGUGAGAUUGUCAAUUUUGUACCAAAGGUGUAUUUUGAGUAUACCGAAUUAGUAUAGCUAUCCUUCCUAUGGCACAGCAAUCCAGUUUUGCUUGGUCCCGAAACAGAAUUCCUUUUUUCUCUUUUUUGUUCCUUGUCUAUAGGAAAAUUACAUGUUAUUCAAGGCAUCAAUAGAACCCCACAAUUUUUUGGGUCCUACUUAUUUUCAUUGUCUUCGGAAUAGUAGAAUAAUUUAAUUUGGAAUAGCGGCCAAGAUCUUGGGAAAAUCUAAGUUAAUGAUUAAUAAGAUAAAGAAUUUAGGAAGGAUAUUCUCAUAUUGACGCAAUACAAAGAUAAGUAUAUGCAAAAUCGAUCCCUUUUUAGUUAAAGGAAUUUAAUUGGUUAGCAUAAAAUAAUAUCUAAUAAAUAGAAAAUCGAAUAGCGGAUAAUCCGUUAUGAAAGAAACGGAAUACAUUCUUUGAAGAAUCAAGAUUCGUAAUCAAUCCUUGUCUUGUUUGUUGGAUUAGGUCUAAUUUUCUUGACCAAACAGCAAGCAUGGAACUUUACAAGAAGAACUUAAAAGAAAAGGAUAAUUGAAGUAACUUUGAAUCCACUUUUGUUGGGGUUCAAAAAACGAAUAAAAAUAAAUAAAAAAAAGUAAAUUUUAGGAAUAGUUCCCUUUUUGAGGGGGCCCCUCGGGGGUCGUGGAAUGCUUUUCUUCUCCUCUUAUUCCAUAUGGAAUACAAUGAGUUAAAAUUUGCUCCAAAAAGAGGAUGAAAUCCAUCCUAUUAAAAAAGAAAUAAUCCGAAUCCGAAAUAGAAAGAAUUUUUUUUUUUUUUUUCAAAUUCAAUUCUUUAUUUAUCUUUUAUUCCAAAAUUCUCCCGAAAAUCCAAUUUCAUUUUUCAAUGGGGUUAGAUGAUCUAGUUCUUAAUAUUAUUAGUUUACUUAACUGACAGAUUCCACAACAAAUCUCUUGAUUCGGAAUUAGGGACUCAUGUUCCGUCUGAUGAAUCGAUUUUCUCUUUUUUUUACACUUCUGUAUCUCACUCUAUCUUGUUUUUUAGUAUUAUCUAAAAUAACCGAUGAAUUAUGAAUUUUCCAUAACUUAAACUUAGGUAAGUGCUUUACCAACAUAUGUAGUGUAGUAAAAAAAAUGGAAUUGAACCCCUUCAUGCUUACUAUAACUAGUUAUUUCGGUUUUCUACUGGCUGCUUUAACUAUAACCCCAGCUCUAUUUAUUAGCUUGAACAAGAUACGUCUUAUUUGAAAUGAAUUGAAUAGAAGAAUCUUUCUUUUGGAUUCUUGGUAUUCUAGACUCUUUUCCACACUAAUUACCAAUUCUUUUCUUGGUCAUUGAGAUUCGUGGGUAGUUUAGACUAUUAUUUAGAGAUAGAUCGUACCUCUUUUUUUAUCCCCUCGAACAAAUCGAAAUGAUUGAAGUUUUUCUAUUUGGAAUCGUCUUAGGCCUAAUUCCUAUUACUUUAGCGGGAUUAUUCGUGACUGCGUAUUUGCAAUACAGGCGUGGGGAUCAGUUGGAUCUUUGAUUGAGUAAUAUUUCUUUUUUGAUUGACCUCCUCUCUGGUCUGGAGGAGGUCAAAUUGGAGUUGCAAUUCUACUUUGUUUUUUUUUAAGUUAUUUUAGUUUCGACAUAAGAUAUAUGGAAUCACGCUCUGUAGGAUUUGAACCUACGACAUCGGGUUUUGGAGACCCGCGUUCUACCAAACUGAACUAAGAGCGCUUUCAAAACAAAAAAAAAAA